UUGACUACGUUCUGCGACACUUAAACUGUACAGUCUCUUCUUUGACUAGUGUCAUUGCUUGUGUCACCAUUUAAAUCAAAUUGUCUUUGUACAUUUAACUUAUAAUACUCACGUAUAUCGUACAGUUAUGGUGCACCGGAAAUAAUCUUUUUUUUCUAUUAUUAAUUCUCUUUGUGAAUCUUCGAAGGGAGGAAAAAUGUAAUUUGACUUGAAAAUGACUUCAAACGAGUCCGUCCAUCGCCAUUUCUAUAACCUUGUUUCGUAUUUUUUUUUGUCUUAUAAUUUAUAUCGAUGAGGUAACAGAGCAUGCAGAAUCCAAGAAAACGCGGUGCGUCUGAGGAUCAAGAAAUUAAUUCGGUUAUAGAUCGGAUCUUGUGGAAUGAUACUAAAGAUGCCAGAAGAUGUUCAAAAAUUUGUAAUGUUGAAAAAAAGUGUUGUGACAGUUAUGGAAAUGAAUCAAAUCAAGUCAAUUGCGCUGUUGAGUCAUCAGCUAGAUUUUCUUUAAAAGUUAUGGAGGCUUUACGUAAUCUGCAGAGAAAUGAUCAGAAUAAAUGUAAAAAUUCAUAUUGUGUUAAUGAUAUUGUUAAUUACAUUGAGAAUAAUUAUAGUCACGAUGGUGAUUUGUAUGCUCAGGUGUUAACAGUGUUACCACAAAUUUGUGCUCAAGGAUUUAUAGUUAAAACUGGAAGCGACGAGUAUUAUCACGUGGGACCAUUUGCCUGUAUGAUAAAUCAAAAUUUAAAAAGAGAAUUAGGAAAUUGUCCUGAAGCUUGUACUGGGAAAUCUGAUGACAGCUGUGACGAUGAGUCUUUCGAAGAUUUAGGCCAAAUUUCGAAUAUACGAAAGAAAACUUGUGACACUUGGAAAAAAUCCAGAAAAACGACAUGUCCCUCCAGAAGCUCUGCUACUAAAAGAACAAAUAACCCUUAUAUGCAUUGUUCGCAGAAUCGGCCUGACAGACUUUCUAGAGGAAGCAGACGUGACAAUAUAUCGCGCGGAAAGUCAAAAAAAUAUCGAAAUAUUUUCAGCGAUGAAAAUCAAAGUGAAAUUGAAUUAAGCUCAAAUGACGAUUCGGAAAAAGAUGGCAGCUCGGAUGAAAAUUUAUUUCAGGGAUUAGAAUCGAAAAAAUCAAAUAUACCUGUAGGAAUAAUAAAUACGGACGACAAAGAACUAAAAGGAUGGUUGCGCCGUUGUUGCAGAGAAUCGGAACAGCAAGGAACAAUCUAGAAAAAUUAUCGAUUCAUCAAUUAUGGUCGAAGUAAAGGCUUUUGUUAUACAAUUUCUUUUUAUGUAUGAUACACAUAUUGUAAUUUUCAUUAAA